CACGGCCAGAAGUGGCGUGUUCAAGUUUAUACAACGUUACCUUCGUCCACGCCAAUCAAACAAUGACAGAUACACCAGUCUCGACCUGCUUCAGGUCACUUACUUCCUUGUUACUCAAAACUCCCGCAACUAUCGAGGUCCUCCCUGGUGAUGCCUCCAUCUGGAUUCCAGACGUUGAAGAACGAUCUCGUUCUCCUUUUCUAUUCACGGAGAAUAAUCUCGGCGUACCUGAGAAAGAACUUCAUCGGUCAUACCUCUUCGCCGUGCCUGUCUUCUCUGCUGCCCGUAAGGCCUCCGGACUUCAUACACUCGAAAAUCCAUCCAACCACAUCAUGUCUUCGGCGAUUCAGGACUUGAUCGAUUCUUCUGCUGUCCUCAUUUUGAUGAAUCCGGCUCACCAAACUGCGCUUAAUGCUAGAAAGCAACUUAUUGUGCGGAACCUCAUCGAUGUGGGGGAGGAACUCAAGUUCACAGCCGCCCUACUUUCGAGUAGGCACUGUUGCAAACAGGGCGAGCUGUGGUAUCACAGGAGAUGGCUCCUCAGACGCAUAUACCCAGUCCCAAGCUUUCCUCAAGGCUUGAUUACUGACAUGAUUCCUGAUUCACUGAAUUUCUACCUUCCCCCGAAUGACCUUCCUGCGGAAAUUCAUCUUGUCAGUAGAGCUUGCGAGCUCUAUCCCCGCAACUAUUUUGGCUGGAUCCAUCGCACUAUAUGCAUUCUAUCUGCCCUCGUACCUGGAGUGCAUUCUACCACCUCAGACGUGUUCACUGAAAUCUUUCAGAAAGAGAUCAGCAGCGUCAUGCAGUGGAUUGAGUCUCACGUCUCCGACUACAGUGCUGUCCAUCACCUUAAAACCCUAGCGCGUCUCACUGAAGACGCGGAAAGCCCAUUCCUGCCAAAGAGUCUACUUCUCGUGUUCGGACAUGCUCUCACGCUCGUACGUGCAUUUCCGGAGCAUGAAACGCUUUGGCAGUAUCUCCGCGUGUUCUGGGACGAGGGGGAUGUCGCUACAGCGUUCGUCGCGUCAUUUGUAAUCCCCCUACAAUGUGCUAGUAUGACGGAGCAGGAGAGCGGGUCUCCUAGUGGCGUGCAACAUGCCUGCCGCUUCCUUGAGUGGAGGAAUCAGAGGUUGAAGUGACACAAUUCCUUGUAUUGUGCAGCGUGUACUGUAUAUGCUGCCGAUAUCAGCUCAUGGGAUCGGGCGCUGUUGUCGCUUCGGGCCCCAGCUCAAAUCAAUCGCGGUUGUCUCGAAGAUCAUGCGGUCAUCAAUUCAUUCACACCAGUUGUAUUCACCAUUAACCAAUACGUCACCGCCACAAACUGAUACUCUUCAGAAUAUGUUCAUUCCAUUGCAACAAGGUUGUCUUAUAAUCUUCUUCACUUCAUGUAACAGACUGGUGUUACUGGCCUAAUAUAUGCAUGGCCAGUCGAUAUGUAUAGUAUGACACUG